GUUCAUCAAAGUUUCAAAAUGGCUUUGUCCAAAAUCGAUACCGAAAUGGAUCAGGAGAAAUACCUACGUGAGGUCACCCGCCAUUUUCGAGGCAUUGAAAAGCCAUUGAAAUAUGGCCCAGUGAUAGAGACCCUCAACGAUCUGAUUGCUGCCCUGCAUCAAGAAUUCGCCACGAAUUAUGUCAACAUUGAAAUGGUCAAUCACAUUAUGUUGUCGUACAAAUCCAAUCCCAAGGAAUGGAAGAAAUUUGCCAAAUUCGAUCGUUAUAAGUAUACGCGGAAUCUGGUGGAUGCCGGUAAUGGAAAAUUCAAUUUAAUGAUUUUAUGUUGGGGUGAAGGUCAUGGCUCGACAAUACACGAUCAUUCCGAUUCACAUUGUUUUAUGAAAAUGUUAAAGGGUGAAUUGACAGAGACCAGGUAUACAUGGCCGGAGAAUACCACGGCUGAGGAUCAUUUGGAUGCCAUACCGGAGGAUGGAGAAUUUGAAUAUCAUGAUGCGCUGCAGGUGAUUGGACAGAGGACGAUGGGGCUGAAUGAUGUGGCCUAUAUUAAUGACAACUUGGGCCUACAUCGCGUUGAAAAUCCCAGCCAUUCGGACACGGCCGUAUCUCUGCAUUUGUACUGUCCACCCUUCGAUACCUGUUCCAUGUUCGAAAAGACCACCGGCAAACGUCUGAAAUGUAAUAUCACCUUCUGGAGUAAAUAUGGCCAGAAAGUUGAACACUAA